AUGGACAUCAAGAUUCAUCCCACCAUGACAGUUAGCAACAUCAAAAAUAUGGUCCCGAUUACCCUUGAAGCCGAGACCACUCACUACACCACAUGGACAACUCUCUUUGAAGUCCAUUGCAGGGCUUAUCAAGUGUAUGACCACCUAAAACCCAGUACUGUUGCUGCUGCUGACGCCAAGGCGGCUACUCUAUGGCCUGGUAUUGAUGCCAUAGUCCUUCAAUGGAUCUAUGGCACCAUCUCCAAUGACCUCCUUCUCAUCAUUCUUAAACCCAAACAAACCGCACAUCAGACGUGGACAGCCAUAGCCACUCACUUCAACGAUAACAAGAGUGCUCGCCAAGUUCAACUCCAACAACAAUUCUCCAAUAUCCGUCUUGAAAAUUUUUCGUCCAUGGCUGCCUACUGUCAGCAGGUAAAACAUCUCGCUGACCAACUCGAUAAUAUCGGUGCUCCCGUCGAUAACCAACGCCUUGUGACCCAGCUGCUAAGCGGGUUAACCGAACAGUACGAGAGCAUCUUUGCUGUCCUCCAACACCAGGAACCCCUACCUGAAUUUAGCGAGCGUCGGUCUCGUCUAACCAUGGAAGAAAACAAGAAGAAGUCGCAGACCACCCACGCCGCCGCCUCUGCCUCCACGGCUCUGGCAGCCACCACGACUUCUCCCGCCUAG